ACACAUACACGUGCACGCGGAGCCGGCGAGGGGAGGGAAAGCGAAGGGAAAGGGAAGAAGAAGGGGGGGGAGCGGGGGUUCACGCCGCCUUUUGAAGUGGCCCGAGGCGCACAUGGUACUUCCUGUUCCCGGAGAAUGGAAAGCCUCCAGCUCCGCCGCGAUUCCCCUUCCCUUUCUCCUUCUCCGCCAGCUGCUGCUGCUUCUCCUUGUGCUCACCGCUCCGCUGCUGAUGGACUGACUCCACUCUCGCCCCGGGGGCAGAACAGCGCUAACACGCUUCGGGAUUAAAUGGUUCCUACACGUCGUCAGCUCUCCUCACCUUGUACUGCUCGAGCACUUUUCGGAGAAGGGAAAAACCUCCUCGCCAGCCCACAGCUGAAGUACCUUGUCCAGGCCCUCCUGUGAAACCGUGGACUUUCCUCCCCCCCACCCCACCCCCUCCCCUUUCCCUUUUUUCCCCCCCGACAGUAAAACUAUUCAACAAGUUGUGUUUGGAUGUGCAUUUGUCAUGCAGGGGCUACUGGAACGGGGCUUUGUGCUUUUCUUCUGCUACACAGUCUGCAGGUUUUUAUUCGCCGAUUCUCUACCCACCUUGACAGAAGAUCAUGUUGGAUCACUGCAGGAGAAUGAACUUGGAAAUCUUAUUCAUAUACGAAGACGUAGGGAAUCCGGGGAUCCAUACUGGGCUUAUUCAGGAACCUAUGGACCGGAAAAUUGGGCCACAUCUUACAUCAAUUGCUCUGGCGUUAAUCAAUCCCCAAUUGAUAUUGAUGAUGAGAAUACUCAUGAAAAAGAUGACCUGCAGCAAAUCCAUCUUGAGGGUUUUGAAAUCGAGUCCUCCAACAGGACCCGAAUGAAGAACACUGGAAAGACAAUUGCCGUGCUGCUGAUGGCUGAUUAUUUUGUCAGCGGAGCUGGCCUUCCAGGCAAACUUAAAGCAGAAAAACUGGAAUUUCACUGGGGUCUUAAUCGGCGUUUCCCAGGUUCAGAGCACAGUCUAGAUGGAAGAAAAUAUCCUAUUGAGAUGCAGAUUUAUCUUUCAAACCUUGGCAAUGAUGACGUGGAGUUACCAUUCAGAAGGAAUGGUGUUGCAGGUGCAAUGGCUGUCUUCCUUCAGGUCACACACCAGGACAAUCUUGCGCUGGCUCCUAUUAUCAGAGGCUUGAAGGGAGUUGUGCAUCAUGAGAAAGAAACUUUUCUGGAUCCCUUUGUAUUGGGACGUUUGCUGCCAGCCACACUUGGGAGUUACUACAGAUAUUCUGGCUCCCUGACAAAGCCGCCAUGCAGUGAAAUUGUGGAAUGGAUAGUCUUCGGCAGGCCGAUCUCUAUCUCCCUUGAGCAGCUGGAUGCCUUUUAUUCCAUAUUUACAACUGAACAGCAAGACCACGUCAAAUCAGUGGAAUACUUGAGGAACAACUUCCGACCACAACAGAAUCUAAAUAACAGAGUGGUCUAUAAGUCAGUUGUCAAAGGGUCCUGGAGCCAAGUAACCGAGAACCCUGGCAUCCUACACAUCACAGAAGUGUGCAGCAGCCCACCAGUGAAUAUGACGGUGCAGCCCAUGAACAGGUCAGCUUUGCUCGUCACAUGGAGCAGACCAGAAACCAUCUACCACCCUCCCAUUAUAAAUUAUCUCAUCUCAUACAGCUGGACAAAAGAUGAAGGGGAAAAGGAGCAAACCUUCACCAAAAAGAAUGAUCACAACCUGGAAGCCAUUAUCAAUCAUGUUUCCCUGGAUAAACUCUACCUGUUUCGUGUUCAAGCUGUAUGUCAGAAUGAUCUGCGAAGUGAUUUUAGCCAGACAAUGCUAUUUCAAGCUAACACAACAAGAAUAUUUGAAGGAACCAGGAUUAUAAAAACAAGAAUGCCUACAGCCUCUCCUGCUGCUUCAGCUGACAUGGCCCCCAUCAGCUCCGGGUCAUCUACCUGGACUUCUUCUGGUCUAACUUUGCCCUUUGUUUCCAUGGCAACUGGCAUGGGCCCUUCAACCAGUGGAAGCCAGACUACUGUGGCGUCUGUGGUAACGAGCACUUUGCUUGCAAGCCUUGGUUUUGGUGGUGGUGUUGUUCCUUCCUUUCCUACUACUGUGUGGCCUACCCGCCUUCCGUCUGUUUCUUCAACCACUAAGCACCGAGCGAGGCCUGUUGUCUCAACGACUGAAGCCUUGUCGUCCCCAGGCUCAGAGGGUGGCUCUGCGGUGAACAAAACUGGUGAGACAGAAAGUGAAGAUGAAAAGAAAGAAAAUGAAGGUGAGAAAGGAGAGGGAGAAGAAGGAGAGGGUGACGAAGAAGAAAAUGAAGAAAAAAGUUCAGGGAAAGAUGCUAUAGUAAAAGAGGAGAACCUUGUGAAUGUGACUACUACUGAGACACAAAAUGAGACUGAAUCAGGUACAUCACCUGGAGAUUCAUUUUGUCCCACAAAAAAUGAUACAAACCCGACCAAUGACCUAGACCUUUCAAACACAACUGUUGUUCAGGAAAAUACCACCUUUCCAGAACCGACUAUUGAACUGACGGAAACAUCAUCCAAAGUUGCAGCAACAGAAAGCUAUCCAGUUCGAAUUCCAGUCAAUCCAACACCUCCUUCAAAAACAUGGAACGAAAUGGGACGAGAGAAUUCAGCUGAAAACACAUUUGUUCUGGUGGAUCCAGAAGAUAGGUCGUCCUCUAGUAUGGCCACACAACCGUACUCACCGUCUAGUAAGAUGGAAUGGAUAAUUCCAUUGGUGGUUGUCUCAGCAUUGACAUUUGUCUGCUUGAUUCUCCUUAUGGGAGUGCUAGUUUACUGGAGAAAGUGCUUUCAGACAGCACACUUCUAUGUGGAGGAUAGCAAUUCACCGCGGGUGGUUCCUAACGAAAGCAUUCCCAUUAUUCCAAUUCCAGAUGAUAUGGAAGCCAUCCCUGUCAAGCAGUUUAUAAAGCACAUCAAUGAACUGUACAACAAUAACCAGCAUGGAUUUUCUGAAGAAUUUGAGGAAGUGCAACGCUGUACAGCCGAUAUGAACAUCACUUCAGAGCAUUCCAACCAUCCAGAUAACAAGCACAAAAACCGAUACAUCAACAUUGUAGCAUAUGAUCACAGUAGAGUUAAGCUGAGGCCAAUACCAGGAAAGGAUUCAAAGCACAGUGACUACAUUAAUGCCAAUUAUGUCGAUGGUUACAACAAGUCAAAAGCCUACAUAGCCUCGCAAGGACCGCUUAAACCUACAUUUGAAGAUUUCUGGAGAAUGAUCUGGGAGCAGAAUACAGGAAUCAUUGUUAUGAUUACAAAUUUAGUGGAAAAAGGAAGACGGAAAUGUGAUCAGUACUGGCCAAGUGAGAGCAAUGAAGAGUACGGCAACAUUAUUGUCACCUUGAAGAGCACAAAAGUACGGGCGUGUUGUACUGUACGGCGCUUCACCAUAAGGAACACAAAAGUUAAAAAGGGACAAAAGGGAAACCCCAAGGGACGUCAGAAUGAACGCAUGGUUAUCCAGUAUCACUACACUCAGUGGCCUGACAUGGGAGUACCAGAGUACGCGCUUCCUGUACUCACCUUUGUGAGAAAAUCAUCUGCAGCUCAAACACCAGACAUGGGGCCAGUGGUGGUACAUUGCAGUGCUGGUGUUGGUAGAACUGGAACAUACAUUGUGCUUGACAGCAUGCUGAAACAGAUAAAAGAUAAAAGCACGGUUAAUGUUCUAGGUUUCCUCAAACACAUCAGGACCCAGAGAAACUACCUUGUCCAAACAGAGGAACAAUAUAUUUUUAUCCAUGAAGCUUUGCGGGAAGCAAUACAUGGGAAAGAGACAGAGGUACCUUCAACUCAGCUACAUGCUUACGUCAACAGUAUUUUAAUUCCAGGUCCCUCUGGGAAGAUGAGGCUUGAGAAACAGUUCAAGUUGGUAACUCAGUGCAAUGCAAAAUUUAUUGAGUGCUUCAGUGCCCAGAAAGAAUGCAAUAAAGAGAAGAACAGAAACUCCUCAGUUGUGCCAUCGGAACGAGCUCGGGUAGGCCUUGCACCUUUGCCUGGGACAAAAGGAACUGAUUACAUCAAUGCAUCCUACAUCAUGGGAUACUACAGAAGCAAUGAAUUUAUUAUCACCCAACACCCUUUGCCACACACGACAAAGGACUUUUGGCGAAUGAUUUGGGACCACAAUGCACAAAUUAUUGUCAUGUUGCCAGACAAUCAUGGGCUCGCUGAGGAUGAAUCUGUAUAUUGGCCAAGCCGGGAAGAAUCCAUGAAUUGUGAAGCCUUUACUGUAACCCUCAUCAGCAAAGACAUACUGUGCCUCUCUAAUGAAGAGCAAGUCAUCAUACAUGAUUUCAUCCUGGAGGCAACACAGGACGAUUAUGUACUGGAAGUGCGUCACUUUCAGUGUCCAAAAUGGCCCAAUCCAGAUGCUCCUCUCAGCAGUACCUUUGAACUGAUUAAUGUAUUAAAAGAAGAGGCCUCAACCAGAGAUGGACCAACCAUUGUUCACGAUGAGUUUGGAGGCGUCUCUGCCGGGCUGUUCUGUGGCCUUACCACCCUGUCGCAGCAGUUGGAGUGUGAAUCUGCUGUGGAUGUUUACCAGGUUGCAAAGAUGAUAAAUCUUAUGAGGCCAGGAGUUUUCACAGACAUCGAGCAGUAUCAGUUUCUAUAUAAAGCAAUGCUCAGCUUAAUCAGCACAAAAGAGAAUGGGAAUGGCCUCUCAUCGUUUGACAAAAAUGGCACCAUCAUCACUGAUGAAUCUGACCCAGCGGAGAGCAUGGAAUCUCUUGUGUAAUAGGAAGCUUUUUGUAAAUGGCACUUCAUGCGAAAAAUGUUUGACUGAAUGACUUUUGAGGCCUUUUUUUGCCAGGUUCCAAGUUUACUGAUAACCUGCCUGUACUUUUUACAGUGAUGAGAGUGUCAAUGUUUGUUUUAACCAUUCUGAAUCUUAUUGUUAUCCUGCUGAGUAUUUGCACCUCUUAGUUUCACAAAAUGAAAUCACAAUUCAUUCUAGUUUGCACUAUUUGAUCAGUGUUAAAGCCUAUUACAACCUAGGAUAAAAAUCCCAAAAUCCAUUAAAUAAUACUGUCUGCAAUCUUCUAUUAUAUGAGUGUCAUAGGAAGAUGGAAUCUGUGAUUACAGGCAGCUUUACAAUAAUUUUGCAAACAAACUAAUUCUGUGUUGAUGGCAGACAGCUCAGAUGAACCCCAUCAUCAGUGAUGUACUUUUGAAUUUCUUUUAAAGUAUAAUGUUAUAUGCACCUGGCACAUCUUUGUGAAUACCUGUGAUACAACCUAACAUUCCAGUGAUCAGAGUACAAAAAUAAUUAUUUUAUAAAUCUGAUUUUAUUGCCAGGGGUAUAGAUACAGCAAUUAAAUUAUCGAUUUCUAAAAAAAAAUGUAUUGCACCAGGCUGUAACUGGAGAUUUAUGGAGAAACUGUUGACUUUUUUGUAUGUAGCCAAAAUGUAAUAAAUACCUGAUCUAGGGGAAGUCAUCUUGUAUGCAAGGUGGUGCAGAAUUACUAAGCCUUGUGAAGGGUUAAUAUGAACAUGUACAGUUGGUUUCUUUUACCAGGAUGUGAGGACUGAUAUUGUAAAAUAUAGAUUAACAUGUGCUAUUGCACAUUACACGGUCCAAAAUAAGGGAACAUCUGAUAAGAAAGUUACACCAUGUAAUGUAGCAUAUUUGCCUUCUCAAUAAUUAUCAUAUUUUUUAAAAGAAUAUCAAAUCACAAUGUCAGUGGGACAGAAUUUUUUAACUUACCAAAGAUAUAAAGUAGUUCUCAGCAGAAUCUUUUUUUUUCCAAAAUAUGAUUUUGAUUGUCUUAUUAAUUAUUUUUAAACCGUCUCUUCAGUACAGGAUGUUUUUUUUAAAUUUGUAAACUCAUUAAGUGACUCAAUAAGAUGAAUGUUAAUCGAGAUGCCAGUUCAUAUUUUUAUGAACAAUUCUGCUUACUGGACAAACAUUCACACAGACGUACAUACCUUAAUUUCAAUUUAGAAUUGUAUGGUUUCUCUUUUCAAAGGGUUGACCAAAUUUGUACAUAAGAGUCAUUUGUGAUAGUCAGUUAGUUAUCUGCAGAUGUAGCUUUGUUCUCAUAAGUGGGAAGAAUACAGCGAUGCUGGACAGAAUUUGCUGUGAUGCUUCUCUUUGACAUGACAGCCUAAAAGAAAACUGCUACCUAGAAGUAAAAACAAAAAAGUUUCAAAAUUUUGUGUUUUAAAAAAAAAAAGGUAUUUUCACAAAGUGGGAGACAUUUUCUAUACAAGCUAAACAUUUUGAAGAGGCAAACAUGAAAUCAGACUUUUAGGCAAUUAAAAAGCUUGAACUGUUUUCAAGAAAAGUAUAAAAAGAAAAAAAACUUUUCUCAACAAAAGGGGAGAUUUUUUGAUUUUUUUUUUAAACCUCAUGUUUCUCCAACAUUUGGGGUAGUUGUCUUCAAAAUAUUUUUGUUUCUGCAGUUUACAUUAAUAGAUCAUAUAUCAUGUCUUUAAAAUCAUAAUCUUUAUUCAUUCUUAAAGGUAGCAGACACAAUCAAACUGUAAAUAUUUUGUUGCUUUGCAGGCAUCUUAUGGGGACUUUGUAUCUAUGGUAUAUAAUCACAGAAUUUUAUAUUUUCAUAUAAAGCUAAUUUUUUUCUAGUCUCAACUCCUUCAUAGUUUUGUGGUGGCUAUGUGAAAAAAACUGUAUGUGCAUUCAGUAGUACCAUGAAUACAGUGUCACCACAUUUCAAUGGCAUUUAACAUAUAUUACUUCUUGGGGCAGUGGUUGUCGAAGUUGCAGGUAUUUUCAACUAUAUUGUCGGUGUGUGCAAUAGGAAUAGACCUAGGCAGUUGCUGAACAAGUUUGUCUCAUAACCCAUUCAAAAAUGUGGUGUUUUGUAACUUGAAAAAAUCUGCUUUGUUCUGUUGGAAACUAUAGUAAAUUGUUCUAUUAUAGUGUUAUUUAAUAUGUAAAUUGUAUUCCUAUACAUGAAAUAAAGUAUGGGUUUUGAUGGACCAGUAGCCGACAC